AUGCGAUUGGUCGAAGAAAUCGGGGAAGAAGACAAAGUCCUCAUGACUCAGCCUGUAGAUGAACAGGCUGCUAAAGCAAAGAGUCAUUUCAAAUCCAACGUAACUUGGUUGCGCAGAUCAGAGUACAUUGCAGCCGAGACACGUACAACCGUAGUCCGAACAGAACCUAUGGAGCAUCGAUUUGCAAUGUCGGGAUUGGCAGCUACCGAUCGCUCCAAAGAAUAUGCAACCCACGAAGGCCAGAUUGCAGGUAUCCUAAAGACGUUUGGACCACAGCCCGAGACCCUCCAACAUCCUAUUACCAAAAAACGUGCCAAGCGUAUUAUUCCUAUCCUACCUGAUCCCAUCUGCCAGCACACCGACUACAGUAUUGCCCAAUUCAAUGUCGACCCUGCUGACGACGAAAGACUUGUCAAACGUAAACAGGCUGCAAAGAACCCCAGUUCACUGGUUGGUCAAAAACGCCCCUCUGAAGAGGAUGCAACCGAUCGCGGUGUACUGCAACCUAUCACCAAUCCUCACGAUCCAGAUGAUCGCUAUCUCAUCUGGUUUCUGCCCGAUGGCGAGGCAACUGAAAGACUUAAACGACAGAAACGACAAGGCAAACCCAUGGGUGAUGAGCCUGCUUCAUAUGAAUUUGUACGUGACUACGAAUACCAACAUGAUAACUCUUCAGAACAGAAGCAUUUGAUCAUCACCUUUAGAGAUGAUGGAGACGGUGAAAAGGCAUACUACAACCUCAUCCAGGGUAAAAUGACAUUGAGAAAGAGAAGAGCAUUGAGUAAAAAAUACCAGCAGUAUGAUGAUUAUGAGAAGCCUGGAGCCCUUGCUAUUAACUUUCAUGAAGUCUAAAAGAAAAUAAGAAGAAGAAGAAGAAACCCCUUUACUCUAGUUCUCCUUAUAUCUUUCUUGCAGCGUAAAAUAGAUCACGGUAGUUACCAGACCAAAAAAAAAAGAGAGAGAUUAUUUUUGUUUGUUUGUUUUUUAAAGUUUUGAUAUGGUAUUGAUGGAUUUUUGAAUAAAUAAAGAACAUUAUGAUGCCC